CCCAAGCCUCGCGCAUGCGCACUGAGCCGUGUUCACCUUCGCGGUGUUUUGAUUUUUUUCACACGUGUAGUUAGAACCGACAUGGCGAUAAUGUGUCUUUAGUCUGUCCCGCGUUGCUCUCGUGUGCUUAUUUUAUCCGCUCUGUGUUUCUUUACUAGCCGCGGUACGUUUACUGUAGGUGGCAGAGCUUUAAGAGAGACGAAAAGAAGCGAGUUGGGCGUCAUGGCCGCCUUCGUGGAGCUCAUAGCUGGCUGCUACGAGCAAGUUGUGUUUGGUUACCGUGUUCGAACAGACCAGGAGGAGUGGACGGCCAAGGCGGAUUUCACGCAUCACGCCCACAUGGCGUCCGUGUCGGCGGUGGCGGCCAAUGACAGGUUUGUGGUCACGGGCAGCAAGGACGAGACCAUGCUGCUGUACGACAUGAACAAGAGAGUGGAACACGGCGCUCUGCUGCACCACGACGGCUCCAUCACUUGCCUGGAGUUUUACGGCGCGACGCAUCUGCUAAGCGGAGGAGAGGACGGACUCUUGUGCGUGUGGAGCACCAAGAAGUGGGAGUGCCUCAAGUCCAUCAAAGCGCACAAAGGCCACGUUACGUCGCUGUCCGUCCAUCCGUCUGGGAAACUUGCGCUGACAGUGGGCACCGACAAAACGCUUCGCACAUGGAAUCUCAGUAAUGGACGAUCCGCCUUCAUCAAAAACAUCAAACAAAACGCACACAUAGUGCGAUGGUCUCCCAACGGCGACAAAUAUGUGGUGGUCAUCCACGACCAGCUCAACCUGUACGACCUGCAGACAGCAAUGGUGACCAGCACGCUCAAUAACCCCAAGAGGAUCUCGGCCAUCAACUUUGUAAACAACUCCAUCCUGGCCGUUGCGGGCGACGACGAAAUAGUCCGACUGUGCGAUGUCGCCGAGGAGAAAUGGGUGUGCGAAUUCAAGGCUCAUGAAACCAGGGUGAAAGCGGUGGAGAGUUUCAAGAUGGACGACUACCACGUCCUGGUCACGGCCUCCAACGACGGCUUCAUCAAAAUGUGGAAGCUCCGCCCGAACGACGAGCCGGAAUGUCCCACGUUACUCGGGGAAGUGAACACCACAGCCAGGCUGACGUGUUUGGCGGUGUGGAAACCGUCCGCGAAAUCAAAGACCACAGAAGAAGAAAAAGGAGGCGAGGCCACAACGUCAAAAGAGGUGGCUGAGGCACUUUCGAAGACAAAGCGAGUGCGUCUCGUCACGCGUGAAGAAGUCCUCAUGGAAGAUGAAAGCAAACCCAAAAAGAAGACGAAAAGAAAGGUUGGCGGGAACGAGAACCGAUGAAAUAAAAUGAAUAGUUUUGAAAAA